UAUCGUUUAGUUCGACAAAAGUCACUCAAUUCAUGUUUGUACCUUUCAGAAAUUGGAGAUUUUUUUUAGCUUUUGGAACAAAACAUAUAAAAAAGUAUUCAUUCAAAUUGCCAACGCAAUUUGAAACUUGCACGUCCUUUGCAACAAGGAAUUUAAACACAUAAAAUAAGGACGGCCUUGUUUCGAAGGUAAAAACAUGAAGAAGCGAAGGCCUUGUACAGGUCAGUCUCAUUCAUCAAAGAAUUCACCAAGAAAAAAAAGUAAAAGUCAACCUAAUUUAAAACGAGAUCGUCAGCAACGAGGAAACACAAGGCAGAAGAGCCUCGACCAUGUCGAUAAUAUCAGUAUAAAAAAAGAAGUCUUCGGCUCUUUGGAAUCUCUGUUUGACUUGAGGAAACCAUUGACCCUACCAGAGAUCCACUCACCUCUAUUAAAUUACUUGCAAGGAGAAGGAAGAACCGGAAGUUCAGCUUCUGAAUCUCAAAGUUCAAGAAGUCCACGACAUCACGUCCCUCCAUUACGUUUUCAAACUUUUUUUCAUUCUACUGAGCUUGAACCUCAUAUUUUUUCACAAUCAUAUGAGUCGGAUGAAUUUGGAUUUCAAGAUGAUGUCAAGAAACCCGAUCUUGAGGAAAUAGUCGAGGACGAAGAGAUAUUUCUACUAGAAUCGCAGAGAUCUGUCAAAAGUCUUUCCGUGGCAAUAUCGAAUUUGACAAGAAAAAUGGCUGACGAUGAAAAUGUCGAAAAUGUUCAAGAUGAAGUUCCAGAAUCGGAAGAUCUUCCAGAAGGGGAAGCAAUUCCAGAAGGGGCAGAAAAUCCAGAAGUGGAAGAAAUUUCAGAAGUAGAAGAAAUUCCAGAAGUGGAAGAAAUUCCAGAAGUGGAAGAAAUUCCAGAAGGGGAAGAAAUUCCAGAAGUGGAAGAAAUUCCAGAAGUGGAAGAAAUUCCAGAAGUGCAAGAAAUUCCAGAAGAUAUCGCAGAUGUUACAGAAGCAGAUGGGCAAGAAGAGGGAGAAGGAGAUGAAAAUUCACUUUUAGAAGACGGACCACUACCUCCGCAAUAUCCUUUACCACCAAAUAUUGCAGAAGGGAUUCCUGUUAAGCCUGGCCAUCGCCGAGAUUCAAUCAUGAGUACUCUUCCCAUAACGGAUACGGCAGUCAUAAAAGAGAUGAAUGAUGCUUAUGGGCGUUGCAGCGAGAUCGGAGAAGAAAUAGAGCAAUUGAAGAAAGAAAUGUCCGAACUAUCAAACAAAGAUAACUUUCGAAAAGAAGAUACAAUUUUACUUUCGGAAAAACAAGAUAGUGUUAACAUGAAACUGGCUGAACUUGAUGAAAUAACGAGAAAAAUCACACGAAUGAUUGGUCUUAGUGAUCCAUCUAAUCGUUGUUUUGCAGAAAUGUUUGAAAUGUUACCUUAUCCCCAUCAAAAAAAGGUUGGAAAUGCAAAAACUUCAGAUGAGGAAGAAGAAAAUGAAAAAUCAAGUGAGGCAGAUGAAACGGAAAGCAAUGAAAAACAUAAAGCAGAUGUUGAAGAAGAUGAUGAAUUUGAUAUGCCACAGAUAGAAUACCCGGAAGACAAAUUACCGAGAGUGAUAAUUUGUGGGAAUACUGAGGAAAAUAUUCCAAAGAUUGUGGUGGCCGAUAGUCAACGUAAAAGAAGAGGAACGCAUCUCGAAAAUCUGACAGGAAAGUUGAGCGAGUCUUUAAUCAUGCAAGAAAAAUUGGUCAAGGAAAAUGCUAAGCUCGAAGGCGGAAAGUACAAAUUAGAGGAGGCCUUAUUGGAAAAGGACAGCGCUGUAGACUGUCUGCAGAGAAAAGUAUGCGGUCUGCAGGCUGAAAUGCGAAUAGUUGUCAAGGAAAAUACGGAAUUAAGUCGACAGGUAGCCUGUUUAAAUAAAAAAAUUGCAACACCAUCCUGCUGUUAUUCUUAUCCAGGAGGAUCGCCCUCUUCGCCAGUCUCAACACCAGCCUUGCCUACUUACUCGUACAGUAGUUCAGCUCAUCCGGAUGACACUUCCUGUUCUUGCAAGUGUUGCCUUCAGGAAAAUAUUGGAGACACUUUACCUCGUCCUGUUGGGAAUCUAGAGAGCAAUAAGUGUCGGACUGUCCCUGGUACCCCAAGACUUGCUGGAGGUGGUUCUCGAGGCCACUAUUUUUCACUCGAGAAUAACAUUUUAAGGGGAGACAUGUCCUGUGGAAGCCCCAUGGGCACAAAAGAUCCUAGCUCGCCAAGACCUGCUUCCAGGGGAGCCUGUCCUGCAGAAUUAGAGCACAAUAUUAAUUUGUAUGGACAGAAUACAAAGCACAUAGAAGAACAGCUCGGCUGUAUAGAAAACGAAGUUCGCACAAUGCAAAUGGAAUUGGAGAACGUGCAGCGAGAAAGAAAUCAACUAGAUCAGCAACGAAAGUUGCUCAAAUGCACUGGACCUUGCGCGCCCUGCUCUUGCAGUCCAGCAUCGGGAGCAGAACUACCUUCGAGAGCGUUUGGGUCACAAAAUAUUUGCGUUCCAUGUCCUCCGGGUCCUCAAUUGGGUGUGAAUGUACCGAUGCCAAUGAAGACGAGUCUACAACAACAAGCGAGUCAAGGUUCUUGUCUCAAUGGUUCCAAUAAUGGCAGUCAGUGUCCUCAACAACAACUGCGGGAUCUCAAAGAACAAUACGCUCGACUUCAAGAUGAUUACAAGAACAAACUUUGUGAAGUCUCUUGCCUCCGUUCGGAUGCAGAGAAGAUGAAGCAGGAAACUCGAGAAGCAAAGGAAGAAAGAGCCAAGAUGGAAAACAGACUGAUCGACUUACAAGAACGAUUGAAGAUUCUAGAAGCUGAGAGAAAUAAGAUGAAUGGUAGCAAGGAACAGUUGAUUGAACAGGAACAAGCACUCUUAGUAGCCAAACAAAGGUUCAGAGAUGCACAAGAUGAAAUGGAGGAAUUGCGAUCCAUUACUCAGGAUCAAUCAGCACAACUUGAAGAUUAUCGUAACAAAUAUUUGAUUGCUCAGCAAAAAGUUGAAGAACAACGACAUCAACUUGAUCUCAUGGAAUUGGAUAAUGCUAGGAUGAAUGAAAAUGUAACUCUGGAAAUAGGACGCGUUAAGAAUCAGUUUCAAGAGAAACUUGCCGAACUGGCUCCCCUGCCUGAUAUUUUGAAGCAAACUCAGCUGAAGCUGCAAGAGUCUCAGCAAAUGCGCCAGAUUGCUGAAAGGAAUUGUGAAGACUUAUCGAGAGAGCUUCUAGAUUGCAAGGACAAAAUUCAAGGGAUUCAAAGGGAGAUGGAAAUUCUUCGCAGUGAAAACCAGGAACUCCAAGAUAAUUGCGGCCAUGGAUCGGGAAAAUGUGACGAGCUAGAGAGAAAGAAUAGCGAAUUACGAACAGAAAAUGAUCGUCUUCAAAAUUCCUUAAUCAGAGUUCAAGAGCAAGAAGCCCAAGUUCAGAAGCGAAUUGAUGAAAAAUUACAUGAAGUCGCUCAACUGACAUCUCUACUUGAACAGGUUCGAGAGGAUUCGGCAAGACAAGUGGCAAGAACUAAAGAAAGAUGUGAAUUAGUUAGAAAAACGAUGCAAGGACAAAUAUCAGAGAUGGAAAAACAACUUGCUCAGUGUCGGGCAAUUGCGAGAGCUGCUCAAAAAGAUAGAGACGAAAUUAGGCAGAAGAUGCAGGGCCAAAUAAACAAUCUGAACGAGUCUUUCGAACACGCUCAAGGACGUAUUAGAUCCCUACAAGGUCACGUAAACUACCUCAAAACUUCAUACAGCAACAUCUUCAGCGGCCAGGGCCAAGGAGAGAGUCCGGGUCCUCUAAUGGCCGGAGAAGUUCCACUUCAAGGUCAAGGAUACGAUUCCUGCGACUGUAAUUAUUAAAUACGAAAAAGAGUAGAAUUCUGGUAGACGGCGAGUUUCUCCAGGCCUAAACGAAAUUCCCAAGAGCCGAAGAAGCAAAUUUUCACAAAUUUUCACGAAAAUUCAUCGAACUCACGAUAUAAUAAAAAAAAAUCUCCAAUUUUAAGUGUUAUGUCCAAUAUUAGUCUGAAUUUUAAAACUAGAAACAAAAAGUAAAUAAUUUGUAUAAAGUCUAAAGCGUGAACGAUUGUAAAUUUCUGUCUUAUGGGCCAACUAUUUUGAUGAUCUUUUUAAAAAUAA